CUCCAACAGCUUCUUCAAGAGGAAUAACGGCACCUGAUUUUCCACCAUCAAUCAUCUCUCUCACUAUGUCUUUAUUCAACCAAACUUGAAAGAUAUUCGACGAUACACGGAACACUCCUCAACAUUCUCUCGAACUAUGGAGUCGAAGAAAGCAGUUAAUGCAAAGAUUGAUCCCGACCGCUGGAUUAUUCAAGUGAGGGAUAAUCUGCAGAGAGAAGAGGAGGAAGAAGGGGGAGUCCGUGUCUCUGUAUUCAAAGUGCCCAAGGAAGCGUUGCAAGCUAAGCCAGAAGCAUAUACCCCGCAGUGUGUUUCUAUCGGGCCAUAUCACCACUGGAAAUCUGAGCUGUACGAAAUGGAGGGAUACAAGCUCGGUGCUGCUCGGGCAUUCCAGAAAAGAAUUGAUGGUAACAGGUUCGAGUCCGUAGUGGAAGAGGUACGUAAGUACGAACGCCGAAUGCGAAGCUGCUAUCACAAAUACCUGGACUACAGCGGCGAAACUUUGGCAUGGAUCAUGGCUUUGGACGCCUCAUUUGUGCUCGAAUGCACGCAAUUCCUAGCCAGCCAUGAUUCUUCAGAAGGAAAUGGGGUGUCAAAACUUUUGGACCCAUCUGGCAGAAGCGCUACCCACAAUGCCAUAGUGAGAGACAUGAUGAUGCUGGAAAAUCAGUUGCCGUUAUUCCUCUUGGAGAAGAUGUUGGAGAUGGAGCUGGGCUCACAAGACAUGGCAGAAGAGAGGCUCUGCGAUUUAGUAAGAGGUGCAUGUAUAGACAUGUCACCAUUCUUGUUCAACUUCCCCGACAGUUCAAGGCUGCGUAUAACAGAGAGCAGUCACCUACUGGAGGCGCUCUAUUUCUCUCUUGUCCAGUCUGCUCUCAAGGAUGAUCUCAACGCAAAGGGCAGUGAGGAAGAGCAGCGGCCAUCGCCCAACAUAUCAAGCAUCCCACAAGAAUUCAGUUUUCUAUGGAGGGCUUUUCAUUCGUUCAAAAUGGGCCCCAUGGGGAAAUUCAUGGGGAGCUUCCUUCGGUUCAUAAUAAACUUGCCCUUCCGAGUCCUGUGUGUCCUGGGCAAGCUGUUGAAACAGAGCUUCGUUCGGUUGACGAGGAAGUUACCCUUCCGCGUCCCCUCUGUUGUGGGCAAGCUGGCAGUCCUGCGAGCGUUUAAGUGGCUCUUAACACUAAUUUCUGGAUUCAAGGAAGCAGGGGAAGCAGGGGAAGGAAGCUCCUCUGUGGAGAUUCCUCCUACACGGGACGAGCUGGACAUUCCCUGUGUUGCUGAUUUAUACUAUGCGGGAGUGAAGUUCCUUCCCACUGAUGGAGACCUCACAACAAUUCGCUUCGACUCGGCUAGUGCCACUCUUUAUCUUCCCAAACUGAGGUUGGACUCGAACACAGAAGUGAUUAUCAGAAAUCUGGUGGCGUUCAAAGCUUCGGUGGCGUCUGGUGAUCUCAUCUUCGUUCGCUACACCGAUUUCAUGAACGGCAUCAUCGACACAGACGAAGAUGUUCGUCUGCUGAUAAGUAGCGGCAUCCUUUACCAUCACCUGGAAAGCGACGGGAAUGUGGCAAGCUUGUGGAACGGCAUGGGGAAAUGUGUGAAAUUGACGAAAGUAAAGUUUUUAGAUAAAGUUAUUGCAGACGUGAAUAGCUAUUAUAAGCGGACAUGGAGCGUCGCCAUGGUAGGAUACGUGAAGAAAUUCAUCUUUAGUUCAUGGCCGUGUCUGUCUUUGUUGGCUGUGCUCGUACUCUUGCUUCUCACAUGUUUGCAGACCUUCUGCUCUUUCUUUAACUGUAGGUUUCAGUUGAAAGACACCAAUUUAUUGCAGGACUAAUGGCAGAAGACUUCUCAUGUAAAUCACGCCUUCUUGUUAGAGUAUUUACCUUGCAGCAAUCUCAUGGUAUGUUUUGAUUUUCGUAUGUUAUGUAGGAAAGCCAUUGUUGUUAUGUCUCUGCUUUGUUGGCGUGGACUACAUAUGCUUUCCAUCGUGUGAAGGAAACAUUUUUACUUAUGUCAUUUUGCAAUUCUCAUCAAGCCUUACAAUGAGCUUUGAUUAGUUUGAUGAAUUUUAAUGCAGCAUCAUAUCAUACUUUCAAAAUCAAAAUAUGAAAGAUCAAAGUUACGAUUUAUAUGAAAAUGUAAUAGAGUUGCAAAGAAGUAUUAUAUAUUUUGUCUAUUUUGUAGCAUUUUGGUUGUUA